CCUAUUGAUAGUCAAUGGCCUGGAGAGAGGAGAGAGGUAAACAAGAUGGCGGCAACCUGAUAGCAGCUGCAUCAAUAAUAGCAAACCUCAUAUUUAUGCAGACAGAGACAAAUAAAACACUACAUAACAUCUGUCGAUAGAGUCUGGAUGUUAAGGUUCUCUGGAGCAGUUGCCAACUGGGAAAGACUAGUGAACUCCAUAGAAGAGCUGACAAGAAAUCUAGGACCCAGAGCAUAACCAUACUAAAGACUGAAAUAACUCAUUUAGGUGUGAUUGAGUAUUUAUUGCAUCUGCACUUAGAUCAAGGCAAACCAAUGGUGACCAUGGAUCGCUACAAGGUUCUAUGGCCGUCAUGCUUUGCUUGGCUUUGAAACAGGACUGGUUACCUCUCCGUCUGCAUGUCGCCAUCUCAUAUCAGAUCACAGAUGGAGGUGACAUGGAGCUAAGCAGCGGAAUGUAAACUCAGCCAGACAUCCCACUCUGCUCAGUAGCACCUGUCCCACAGCCUGAACUCUCCACAAAUCUUUUCACCCUGGAACCUUGGCAUCGCUGGGUCUUAGUUAACUACCCCACACCACUCUGGAAACGUUUACAGCGAGCCUACAUCUUGUUCCCACGAACUUAAACUAACCUCUGUGUUUACAGACCUACUCUAUUACAAGGUAAACUGUUUCUCUCAAUGCCCAUGCCGGGCUACACCUCCAAUGUCACUUAGUGUUUUCUAAUUGAACUGUGUCCCUGAGCCACCAGCAUACACAGCCCAAGCCAAAGGCUUGAGGUCACAGUCUACUAUAUUGGACUGUCUGGACACUACACACUACAGUAACUAAGUUGAUUUAACCAUGAGUGUCGGGGAGCUGCAGCACCUGGACUAUCUGACUGAGAAUGAGCUGAUGGGCAUGGACACGUUCAUCCACCGCAUCGACUCCACAGAGGUGAUCUACCAGCCGCGCAGGAAGAGGGCCAAGCUGAUCGGGAAGUACCUGAUGGGAGACCUGUUGGGGGAGGGCUCCUACGGUAAGGUGAAGGAGAUGCUGGACUCUGACACGCUGUGUCGCAGGGCUGUCAAGAUCCUCAAGAAGAAGAAGCUCAGAAGGAUCCCCAAUGGAGAGGCCAACGUGAAGAAGGAGAUCCAGCUGCUCCGGAGACUUCAGAACAAAAAUGUGAUCCAUUUGGUGGACGUGUUGUACAAUGAAGAGAAGCAGAAAAUGUAUAUGGUGAUGGAGUAUUGCGUAUGUGGGAUGCAAGAAAUGCUGGACAGCGUCCCAGAGAAAAGAUUUCCAGUAUUUCAAGCUCACGGGUACUUUUUACAGCUGUUAGAUGGUCUUGAAUAUUUGCACAGCCAGGGAAUCGUUCACAAAGACAUUAAACCAGGGAAUCUGCUGCUGACCACCGACGGCACGCUCAAGAUCUCAGACCUGGGCGUGGCAGAGGCUCUGCACCCGUUUGCAAAGGAUGACACGUGCCGUACAAGUCAGGGCUCGCCAGCGUUUCAGCCCCCCGAGAUCGCCAACGGCCUGGAUACGUUUUCAGGGUUCAAAGUGGACAUCUGGUCCGCAGGUGUCACACUAUACAACAUUACAACGAGUCUAUAUCCGUUUGAAGGGGACAACAUCUAUAAGCUAUUUGAGAACAUUGGGAAGGGAGACUACAGUGUUCCUGAGGAGUGUGGCCCCUCCCUGUCAGACCUAUUGAAAGGAAUGCUUGAAUAUGACCCCGUCAAGAGGUUUUCCAUACAGCACAUCAGGCAACACAACUGGGUACGUAAAAAACACCCACCAACGGAGCCCCCGGUGCCCAUCCCAGCCAGCGCGGAGAGCCGGGACGUGUGGCGCAGCAUGACGGUGGUGCCCUACCUGGAAGACCUGCACGGCUACACCGAGGAAGAGGACCAGGAGUUCUAUGACCAGGAGGAUGACAUCAUCUACACUCAGGACUUCACUGUGCCAGGGCAGGUACCAGAGGAGGAUGAGGCUGAGGUGGAUCUGAGCCGGGCCCAGGCCAAGCCUGUGUGUGUAAACGGGACAGAGAGCAAGGCCAAGCCAGAGCGCAGGUCCUCCUCCUCAUCCAAUCCCUCCCGCAAAGGAGUCUCCACAGCCAGCAAGAUACGCAAGUUCUCCACCUGCAAACAGCAAUGACCCCACCUCAACAACCCAUCUGGUUUAUCUUUCCCAUCCUUGGCAAAGGGUGAGAGAGAACUGCUGAUGUUGUUCCUCCUGAACCAUUUGGCUACAAACUCUUCAAGGAUGUCAUGCGCACAGCGGAGAGAUGGACAGAGAGCAGCAGAGAAACAGACUGUACCCUCAAGGGUCUUUGUGUGAAGUGGCUCUUUGUGUUUCCGUUCCCCCUCUGUUCUUUUGCUCCCUCCGUCCUCCCCUCUCAGGCUGUCCCAGAGGAGGCAUGGCUGGCCGUGCAAGUCCCACCUUCGUGAACUCUGACCCCAUUGGUUUUAGUUCUUAGACAACCUUUUAUUUGACAGAACCUAAAGAUACACAUUGUAAAAGGAAUUCGGUUGAUAAAGAAUAGCUCUUCAUUUUAACUGAGGAUAGUGAUACUGAUAUAAAAACUGCAUGCUGGAUUAAACUUUGAGAAAGGGAAACUGCUGAGUUAAGAACAGACAAACAGACUGAAACAUUGGCCUCCACCACUGGUGUGUUGGGAGGGGCUUUAUUGUGUUCAUUAGGUUUUGUUUAUUUUUUCCAAUUAAUCUUUUUUUAUUAUUAUUUAUAUAAAACACGUCUGAACCAAA